GAUAAGUAUGAUGCCUCUGGGGACAUUCCUUCUCCCUGUUCUGUGUUUCCUGGGACCAGCCAUUCCACAGGAACUACGGUACCCCACCUUUUCACACAAUGCCACCAAAUUUAUUCACUUGAUUAUGGAUCCCGAUUCAGGAACUCUGUAUCUGGGGGCUACAAACUUCCUUUUUCAGUUGACCCCAAACCUGGUGUUAGAAGAAGCGGUUUCCAUGGGCCCGAUCUUGGACAGCAAAGAUUGUCUUCCUCCUAUUUUCAAGCCGGAUUGUCCCCAAGCUCUGGAGACCGACAACUACAUCAAACUCCUGCUGAUCAACUCGCUGGAGAAGGAACUCAUUGUUUGCGGCAGUGUGUGGCAGGGAAUCUGUGAGAAGAGGAGUCUUGGCUUCAUUAAACAUGUCCUCUUCCAACCCCGGACACCAGGAGACACUCAAUAUGUGGUAGCCAAUGACCCCAAUAUUUCCACCGUGGGGCUGAUAGGUUACUCCAGAGAAAAUGUGCCACUUCUCUUUGUUGGCCGAGGAUACACCAGUCGGGGUGUGGGAGGCAGCAUCCCUCCCAUCACAACUCGCAAUCUCAGGGCCCACCCAGGAGAGGUGCCAGGGCCCGACUCUCACUCCAUCUUUUCCUACGAGGAAACAGCCAAGUUGGCUGUGGGUCGACUCUCCGAAUAUAGCCACCAUUUUAUCAAGUCGUUCACUCAUGGUUCCAGUGUCUAUUUCCUGUUCUACCGGCGUGAUCUCAAGUCGCAGUCCCGGGAAUACAAGACGUACAUUUCCCGGAUCUGUCUGGACGAUGCCCACUAUUAUUCCUAUGUAGAGCUGCCCUUGGUCUGCAGGAACCCAACGAAGACCUAUAGCCUCUUGCAGGCAGCCUACGUGGCACAGGCAGGGGGAGAAGGACACGUGGGAGAUGCACUUUUUGUGACUUUUUCUGCCUGGCAGUCUUCUUUGGGGAAGCUGAGUGAGGAAUCUGCACUCUGUGUUUAUCCCAUGGAGGAAGUUGAUCACUUCAUAACUCAGACCAGGGACCUUUGUUAUACCAAGGACGGGAAAACGGAGGAUGGCAGGGAGGUGGCCUACAUCGAGUAUGAUGUCAGCUCUAGCUGUGUCCAGCUCUCAGCAGACACUUUGGCUGCCUAUCCUUGUGGUUCGGACCACACUCCCAGCCCCAUGGCGAGCCGAGUACCACUUGAAGCAGCGCCAGUCCUGGAAAAGUCAAAUGCCCGACUAACUGCUGUGGCUGCCAGCAUUGAAGAUGGACACACGGUUGUUUUCCUGGGUGACAGCCAAGGCCAACUACACAAGGGCUACAUGGAAACAACAGGAGAGACCAUCAUCUAUAAUUCUUCGAUGAUCCAGCCGAACGGUGCAGUAUGUAGAGACCUCCUGUUUGACCAGCAUAAGGAGCACCUCUACGUCAUGACUCAGUCAAUGUUGACCAAAAUCCCCAUCUUUGAAUGUUCCCAGUUCUCCGAUUGCAAGUCCUGUUUGGCAAUGAAAGACCCAUAUUGUGGCUGGUGUGUUCUUCAAGGAAAGUGUAGCCGUCACUCCGAAUGCACCAGUUUCCGCAUGAAAGAGCAGUGGCUGUGGGGCUUUCAUUCUGCCCAGCAGUGUCUAUCCAUCCUGUCUCUGAGCCCCACCAGCAUCAGCAGGGAAGAACAGAAAAACAUAUUCCUGACUUUCUCGGACUUGCCAGCCCUACAGAAUGGAGAGUCUUAUUCGUGCUUCUUUGGAGAAUAUAAGAGCCCAGCUAUACUGAUGGGUUCAGGCAUUAUGUGUCCUUCACCAGAUCCCAACCAUGCCCCAAGUUUGAACACUGGGACAGACCACAUCACCAUUCAGCUGGAGGUGCGCUUCCACGACAUCUUCAUUGCCUCAACAACUUUCUCCUUUUAUGACUGUUCUGCGGUGGCUUCCCUGAGGAGAUCUGCACCGUGCCAGGGAUGUGUGAGCAGUCAUUGGGGCUGCAACUGGUGCGUCCAUCAACACCUCUGCACACACAAAACUGUCUGUGAAGAUGGGUCCAUCAUCUACAAUAAGAAGACUCAAAUACUGGACUCCAGCCCAUUCCCUUCCUCAGCCACUCCAAAUACAACGCAGUCAUCUUUGCCAAUUUUGGCCACUGAACCCCCUACAUUCUCAGAAACACCGGGGACCACUUCCAGGCCUGUUCCCACCACCGUUCCCAUGAUCUACACCAGCCUGCCAGCCACUUCUGCCCUGACUACUUUGAAGCCUGAAACCCUUACUUUCACAGAGGCAUCUCCAUCAACCCCAAGUACUGUUACUUUGCUGGAGACAACCUGGGAUUCUCUGACAUUGCCUCCCACUGAAGUGCCCACUACUGCGACUGCUGGUCCUACCUCAGAAUAUCUCUCCAGCAGCCAGAUGGAGAUACUUUCUUCCACAGUGUAUCCUACCUCAGAACCAGCUACGGAUCCAGAAGAUGGCUCUACGGAUUCUUCUGCUGCCAUGUAUAGCACACCCCAGCCUGUUCUGGAGGGAAAGACUCCUUUUCUUGAAGCUGAAGGUUCCUCCGCCCCAUCUGCUGCCCCUACAUCUUCUCCCCUAAGUCCUCUCACCCCUAACCAGACCGGAAGCCCUUCCACAUCUACUAAUGUACCACCAAUUGACCUGGAGACUGAGCCUCCCAUUUUGGAGUUGCCCUACCCGACAGACCUUCCAAAAUGGCUUCCUCCUGAAGACAUCACAGAAUCCCAGGAGAGUGAGGAAUGGAUGGUUUCGCUGCCACCGGAAAACGACACCUCCUCUUUUUCUGCGUCCAUCCUUCUCUCGGGUGAUGGAGACUCCUCUGAGAGUGACAUCUCUGAUUUUCCUCGAAUUCUGAACCCAGCACUAGAUUAUCAAUAUGAUGCACCUGGAUUUCUGGAUUUGACGGAGGAGUACAGCUGGGGGCCCGAAGCCUGUCCGUGUGUGAGGGGCAUCCAGGGAUCUUCUCUGAUGCCGGUCAACGUGCAGAGAAAGAUCACCCUGAUUGGACAAAACUUCCACCUCUAUCAGGAUCAGCUUUGGGACUAUGAAUGUGCCUUGGUUCUGGAGGGGAAGACUUUGUCCGUGGAGGCUUACAUUGAACAAGAUGAAAAUGACCCCUCCAUUUGCUACAUCACGUGCCAAUUACAUCAGUACAGCUACUCGGCUCCCCAAUUAGAAUUCAGUGUGGUCAUUUUCGUCCAGCGGAAACGGCAUCUCCGUGUGGACAGCGUUGAAGAUCUCCAUGUGACCUUAUACAACUGCUCGGUGGGACACUUAGAUUGCAGCCGUUGCCAAACCGCUGAUGCCAAGUACAGCUGCGUCUGGUGUGGAGGAGAGCAGCCUAGCUGCCUAUUCCAAGACUCCUGCAAAGAAGAGGUUGCAGACACCUGCCCGGCCCCACUGAUUCAUGCAGUGUACCCCCUAACUGGUUUGGUUGAAGGUGGAACCAGAAUCACCAUCACGGGUUCAAACCUUGGGCAGAAGCAUCAAGAUAUUGCAGAGACUGUCACAGUUGCAGGAAUCCCCUGUGAAGUUGAUGCUCUGGUGUAUGAAAUCUCCAGCAGUAUCGUAUGCACCACGGGCAGAAGCGGCACAGAGAGGUCCGGGCAUGUGGUCGUGGAAGUCCCUGGAGGUGGGCAAGGCAUCUCUGCUCAUGUAUUCACCUAUCAGAAUCCAGAGUUGAAAUUCAUUUCUCCAGUUCGAGGCCCCAAAGCAGGAGGAACCAGCCUCACGCUGACCGGAUCCAAGCUACUGACUGGAAAUCCCAGAAGAAUCAGCAUUUGGGUGGGACACUUCGCUUGCUACAUUCAUUCUGAGAUGCAGGAGCAUGAGUUGCUGUGCCAGACAAGCGCCAGUAAUGUGUCUACAGAGUUUUCCGUCACAGUCAAAUACGGGGAUCAAGAACGGAGGCUGGAACAUUCCUUCUUCAAAUACACCCUUGAUCCCAAUAUCACCUAUGCAGAACCAGCCAAGAGCUUCCAGAGUGGUGGGCGAGAGAUAAGAGUGCGUGGGCAUAACCUCGAUGUCGUGCAGUGGCCAAAGGUCCGUGUCACAGUUUCACCCUUGGAGCGCCGACGUCGGGGAGCGGGAAGAUGGCGUAGGAUUAUUCCAGAAACAGAAUGUCGAGAGAAUGCUCUCUGCAGUGUCCAGCAAUUUGAAGAGCCAUGUCAAGUCAACUCCUCCAACCUCAUACUUUGCAAGACACCAGCAAUCAAGCCAUUGUCCCACUCCGUUCAAGUAAGACUGGAGUUUGUCCUGGAUAAUCUCAGCUUUGACUUCAAUGCCUUCCAUCCCACUGGCUUUUCUUACGAAGUUGACCCCUUCCUGAAGCCCCUCAAUACGGACGAUAUCACCAAACCCUACCGUCACAAACCUGGAAGCAUCAUCUCUGUGGAGGGAGAAAAUCUGGAUCUGGCCAUUUCUAAAGAUGAAGUAAAAGCCAUGAUUGGAGUUGGGGUCUGCUCAGUCAAGACCCUCACGAAGAACCACCUGUAUUGUGAGCCUCCUACCGAACAACCGGCCCCUCAACACCGGGCUAAGCGGGAAGGUACUGACUCACUGCCAGAAUUUACGGUUCAAAUGGGGAACAAGAACUUCUGGCUCGGUCGUGUGCAAUAUGACACAGAGAGUCAGCUCACUUUCCCCCUGGAGGCCCAGAUUGGCUUGGGACAUGGUUUUAUUUUCUUUUUUUUUCAUGAUAGGCGAAAGAGCAAACAGGCCCUGAGAGAUUACAAAAAAGUUCAAAUCCAGCUCGAAAAUCUGGAAACAAGCGUUCGGGAUCGGUGCAAAAAAGAAUUUACAGACCUCAUGACUGAAAUGAUGGAUCUCACCAGUGACUUGGUUGGCACUGGGAUUCCUUUCUUGGAUUACAAAUCCUAUGCAGAACGCAUCUUUUUCCCGGGCCACCGGGAGUCACCCCUGCAAAGGGACCUCGAUGUGCCUGAAUCUCGGCGGCAGACGGUUGAACAAGGCUUGGUGCAGCUCUCUAAUCUUCUCAACAGCAAGCUCUUUCUCACCAAGAGAACUGAAUUUACCUCCCUUCUCAGUGUUAAGACAGAAACUGUGGUUGAAAAGCUGCUGACCAACUGGAUGUCCAUCUGCCUCUACGCGUUUGUCAGGGACUCUGUUGGGGAGCCCCUGUAUAUGCUCUUCCGGGGUAUCAAGCACCAAGUAGACAAGGGUCCUGUGGACUGGGUCACUGGGAAGGCCAAGUACACCCUGAAUGACAACCGACUUCUCCGAGAAGACCUAGAAUAUCGCACACUGACAUUAACUGCGCUGUCGCAAGCAGGGAACACAGGGGGAGGAACGGAGGACAGCCAGGGAGUGUUGGUGAAGGGUCUGGAUUGCGACACAAUCACCCAAGUGAAAGAGAAGAUCCUGGACCAGCUCUACAAAGGGACACCUUAUUGCCAUCGACCUGACCCGGACUCGCUUGACUUGGAAUGGCGGUCUGGGCUGGCUGGGCAUCUCAUCCUCUCUGAUGAAGAUGUGACUUCAAUCGUCCAGGGCAGCUGGAAGAGGCUCAACACACUGCAACACUAUAAGGUGCCUGAUGGAGCCACUGUUGCACUGGUCCCUCGUAUGACCAAGCACCUUCCCAGGGAGAAUCAGGAUUACAUCCCUGGAGAGAAAACCCCAAUGCUGGAGGAUGCGGAUGAGGGCGGCAUAAAGCUUUGGCACCUGGUGAAACCGACCGAGGAACCUGAGCUGCCUAAACAUCGGCGAGGGAGCCUGCGGGAACGGGAGAGAGCCAAAGCGAUUCCGGAGAUCUACCUAACGCGUCUUCUUUCCAUGAAG